AUGCCCACCCACCUGCCGCACGCCGACGUUGCCUCCCCCGCCACCCACGCGCUGCACUCCUCGCCGUCGGCCCUCAUGCCUCCACCAGGGGCCACCGCCGCCUCCCCCUUGCCCUCCACGCCCUCCCCCUCGCAGCCCGGCUCCUACCCCAUGUCGCGCGUCGCUCCCCCUUACGCACUUGCCGCUAACGCGCCGGGCGGACUGGCAGGUGGCGCAAUGGGGGGAAUGAUGAGCCCCACGGCGAGCGCGCAGCUGCGCUCGUCUGCGCUUGCCAACAACCCUAACGCCUCUUCGCAAGGUGCGCCUUCCCCCUCCGCCAUGCCGCCAAAUAUGGGGAAGGCCGGCGCUUCCCCAAGCUCCUCUGCUUCGCUGCCCGCCCUGCCCUCCUCCCUGCACCUCCCUGGCAACAUGCGCGGCCCCCAGUCCGCCCCCACCAUGUCGUCGCACUUCUCCCCCUCCUCAGCCGCCCCCCAAUACCCCUCACAGGCGCAAUCCGCGUCGCCUGGCGGAGCCUCCUAUUCCCCCUCUGCGCCGCACCUGCAGCAGCAAGGCUACAGCGCCAGCCCAGGGGGAGGCGCGCGGGGCGGAAUGCAGCAGGUUGGGGGAAGCGGAGGGCAGGGGGGAACGGAGCAGGCAGAGCAGCAUGGGAGGGGGGUGGUGGGGUCAAGCGGCAUGGGAUAUGGAGCCAGGGGACAGGCAGGCGCACAGGUGGAUGCGCGCAUGCAGCUGGAGCCCGAGGUGGAGGAGGUGCUGCUGGACCUCGCUGACGACUUCAUCCAAUCCGUGACGGCGUUUGGGUGUCAGCUGGCGAGGCAUCGCAAAGCGCAGGUGUUGGAGGCCAAGGACGUCCUGCUGCACCUCGAGCGCAGCUGGCACAUGCGCAUCCCUGGCUUCACGGGGGACGAUUACCGCGUCUACAAGCGCCCUCCUGUCACGGAGGCGCAUCGCCAACGCCUCGCAGCAGUUCGCCGCUCUGCAGCCAUCGCAGCCAACGAGGCUCACGCCUCGCCCUCUGCUGCUGCUGCCCCCGGCUCCAGCGGCCCCCAUGGCCACACUGCUGCUGCUGCAGCAGCACACGCAGCACAGGCUGGCGGGUUGGAGCAGGGAGCACAUGCGAGCAUGGCGAAGCUCGCAUCUCCCAACUUCAAGGGACCCGGAGGAGCAUCAGGGCCAGGGCGGUGGGCUGUUGGCGCGGCGAAGGGGGGGGAGGCGGAGGGGGCCGGGGCGGAGGGGGCAGGGGCGGAGGGGGCAGAGUCAUCGACGGCGUUGACAGCCGUGGAGGCGCAACCGCUCGAGAGGCGACCAGAUAACUGGGUGAGUCCGGCGCUGCUGCAGGAGAUGGGCGAGGAGGAGCGGACGCCGAUUCAGAAGUGGCUGAACCCGGGGCAGGACGAGCUGCCGGACGACGUGCCCAUGAGCAUCUGGGACCACCUCGAGGAGCUGCGCGAGCGCGUGCUGGUGUCCGUGGGCGCCGUGGGCGCCGCCAUCCUGCUCUGCUUCUUCUUCAGCCGCGACCUCGUGGUGUUCCUCGAGGCCCCCGUGUACGCCCAGGGCGUGCGCUUCCUGCAGCUCUCGCCAGGGGAAUACUUCUUCACCACGCUCAAGGUGGCGGGGUACUGCGGGCUGCUGCUGGGGGGCCCGGUGAUUCUGUACGAGGUGAUAGCAUUUGUGGUGCCGGGGCUGACAGCCAGCGAGCGGCGCUUCCUGGCGCCCAUAGUGUUUGGGUCGUCCGUGCUCUUCUACUCGGGCAUUGCCUUCAGCUACUCCGUGCUCACGCCCGCCGCACUCAACUUCUUCAUCUCGUAUGCCGAGGGCGUGGUGGAGUCGCUGUGGUCCAUCGACCAGUACUUCGAGUUCGUGCUGCUCCUCAUGUUCUCCACUGGCCUCUCCUUCCAGGUGCCAGUGAUUCAGCUGCUGCUGGGGCAGCUGGGGCUGGUGACGGCGGAUCAGAUGCUGGGCAUCUGGCGCUACGUGGUGGUGGGGGGAGUCACAGCCGCCGCCGUGCUCACGCCCUCCACCGACCCGCUCACGCAGUGCCUGCUGGCAGGGCCCCUCAUCGGCCUCUACAUGGGCGGCGCCUACCUCGUCAAGCUGCUCGAAGGCUCCAAGUCCCCCGCGUAG